CGGGAAUCAGGCGUGGGAAGUUGAGGGUGUGCUUGUGAGCGGUUCGUUGGCAAACUCGCGCAGCCUGCGUCCCUGCUAGAUUUCUGCGACCGCCUGCAGCUGAGCCUUAUUGUUCUGCCGGGAGGUACGACGGGUUGAUAGGAUCCUGCUCUUGUUGCCCGAAAAAGGCGAGGUGUUCGGGGACGUCGCUGUGCGAGGCGGUAACAGGGUGCCCUGGGAGUUUGUUACUCUGCAAUAAUAUAACAAUGGCAUCUGUUCCUUCAGUUGGCUGCCUUUUGGCCAAGAACCAGUACUACAGAACACGACUGAAUUCUGAUUCCAGUGUUUCUUCAAACAGUUCAUCUUGCUAUUCUGACCCCGUGCCACUCUCAGACCAGGAAAAAAAUCACCAUGGUCUACCUGAAAUAUUUGAAAAGUGCUGGUGGAUAAAAAGCUUUUUUCACUGUGAGCCAACGCCUCAGAAUGUAGGCAGAAAAACCUUAUCAGCGAGUAGUGCUAACAGCUGAUUGGGAUAUCAAGUUGAAAGUUCCUGCCAGGAACACAGUCAUUUCUUGAAAUGCAUUCACUUAUGUGAAGAAAACGAACUGCUUGAGAAUUCAGUUGUAGAAGUACAGAUUACCAAGGAUUUAAUCAGACCUUAUUCAUCAAGCAACCAUCAUUUCAGUGUCUGCUGCAAGGAUUCUUGAUAACGAACAGGUGUUCUACAUUUCAUAAUAAUUUUUGCACUUCACAAGAGAAAAUGCAAAUGAAAAGUCUAGCUGAUAUGGUAUGUCUGAUAAUUGUUUGGGAUAUCUUUUGCUAAAUUGAUAAGCUGUAGAUUGCUUGGGUCAAAAUCGUUUAAGGUUACCAUGUCUUCGGUACAAUGAUGCCUUUCUAAUUAGCAAAGUAAACCACCUUUUCCCACAGAAUUUAAGUUUUGAAAUGUUAACUAUGAUAACCUACUUUGUGAAUAAUUUACUUAAGAGAAAUUUGUAUUUGGCAUUUAUUUGUCAACAGCUAGAAGAAAACUGGUUAAGGCACUAUUUAUGGAAGACUUCCUUAAAAAACAAAAAUGGAAAGUACUCAGUACUAAACUCCUUACAUGGAACUAAUUCCACUAUUUGCACUGGAGUUUCCUUCCACAGUUCUGUUACUGUCAUGUGAAAUGCUUUGACAUUAAAUAGUGUACAAUUUAUACCACUUCUUGAGAUUGGAGAGCUUUGCCAUCAUUUUAUUUUUCUGAUUACUCAUACACGAAGUUCUGUAGUAUCAAGUAGUACAAGUAGUCCUCAACUUACAACCAUUUGUUUAGCGACCAUUCGAAGUUACAACGGUGUUAAAAAAGUGACUUACAACCAGUCCUUG